AUGUCUGGCUUGGCCGUUGGAACCCUUUGCUCCGCGGCAAUGAGCAUGCUCGGGAGGGUUUACAAUCCCGGUCUACGGAAGAACCGAGUAUUUUCUUUGAUGGGUGCCAUGAUUCCCCUCGGGUUUGCCAUCGGGUUCAUACAGGGCGGUGCGUUAAGUACACAUUUGCCUUGGAUAUUCGGGUCAACAUCCAUCUUGUCUCUGGCAUGCCUCGUCGCCGCUAUCUGGUGUAUUCCUUCUCUCCCCAAUGAAUCAUUGUCUUUGAAGGACUUUGACUACAUUGGAGCUGCAGCAGCAAUUCUUGGAUGCGGAUUGCUCAUCUUUGGUCUCACUCAAGGAUCGCCUGCGCAGUGGACUCCAUACACUUACACCCUUGUCAUCAUCGGAGUUGCCUGUUUAGCCAGCUUCGGUCUCAUUGAGAGCCGCGUACGGCGGCCGCUGAUCGACAAUCGCCUUUGGAAGACUCCUGGAUUCUUUCCUUUGAUCUCGUCCUAUUUCCUAGGAUACGGUGCUUAUGCCGGAGCCUGGCAAUUCUAUGCGGUGCGCUUUCUGCUUACCAUCCAGCAAAAGCCACCCAUCAUUGUCGCAUGUUAUCUUCUCCCUAUCGGUGUAAGCGGAACCCUUGCGUCGUGGAUUGUAUCCAAGACGCUUCAUAUAAUACCGGGACACGUUAUCAUGAUGGGAAGUAUGCUUGCAUUUGCCACAGGCCCUGCUUUCUUCUUACCUCAACAAGCGGGUACACUUUAUUGGGCGCUCUCAUUUCCCUGCUUCAUCGUAAGCACAUUUGGGCCGGAUAUGUCGUUCGCAGCUGUCUCCGUGUUCAUCACGUCGAACGUGCCCAGAUCGUACCAAGGUGCUGCAGGAAGCUUGGUCAUCACUGCGCAAAAUCUGUCCACCGCUGUACUCGCGGCAUUGGGAGACACUAUUGGGGAAAAGAUCACAGGGCAGCCGGGGGGUUCCCUAGACUUAAUGGCCCUGCGUUCCAUCUGGUGGCUGAGCCUGGCGACCGCUCUGACAGGCGCUUUGAUAUGUGGUUUCUUCGUCAGAAUACCAAGGAGUGAAGAGAAGGAGCAUAUCAGCUGA